AAGUAAACGUUAGUUUAAAUGUAAGUAAGCUAGAAACCAAACACAAACACGUUCUUCUAUAACUGCAAAUUUAACUAUAAAUAAGUCAGGCAAAAUUCUAAGGUUACAUCCAAUCAAUCAAUGGGUACUGACAGUGACACCGUCGUCUCCUCCUCCUACGACGAUCUUCAUCACAGUCUCAAUGUCGCCGUCCUCUCCAGCCCCGGCAUGGGCCACUUCAUCCCGGCCCUCCUCCUAGCCAACCGCCUCGCCGCCCACCACCGCGUCAGAGUCACCCUCUUCCUCGUCGCCACCAGCGCCGCCGCCGGCCGGCCGAACCUCCCACCGCACGACCCUCUGGUUCGGAUCCUCACUCUCCCGCCGGUCGACAUCUCCCACCUCGUCAACCCCUCCACCCAAGUCUUCACCAAGCUCUGCCUAAUGGUCCGCCAGGCCUUGCCCGCCGUCCGCGCCGCCGUCGCCGCCAUGGACCCCCGCCCCGACGCCCUCAUCGCCACCCACUUCGCCUACCAAGCUCUCGAAAUCGCCGCCGAGUUUGGUCUCCCUAAGUACGUCUACUUUCCUUCCUCGGCCUGGUUCACCGCCUUGACCGCGUACCUCCCGGUGCUUGACCGGGAAAUCGCCGGCGAGUACGUCGAUCAGGCGGCGGCGCUGAGGAUUCCGGGGUGUAAACCGCUCCGGACGGGGGACGUCGUGCAGCCGAUGAUGAACCGGAAGGAAGAACAGCACGAGGAUUAUGUAAGAAUGGGGAAGAAUAUUCCAUUGUUCGACGGGAUCUUGUGCAAUUCAUGGCAAGAUUUGGAGCCCGAAACUUUCCGGGCUUUCAAGGAGAACGAAGCUCUGAAAUCCGUCGUGAAAAUUCCGGUUUACCCCAUCGGACCGCUGAGUCUGUGCAGCCAUGUUGAACCGGGCGGGUCAGGUUCCGAGUUGAUGACGUGGCUAGACCGGCAGCCGAGCGAGUCGGUGGUCUACGUUUCGUUCGGGAGUGGUGGGGUUUUAUCAGCCGAUCAAAUCACCGAGCUGGCUUGGGGUUUGGAGCUGAGCCGGCAGAGGUUUCUCUGGGUGGUUCGGCCGCCGGCCGACAACGGAGGCCACGUCGACGGCGCGUUUUUUAACAUGGGGAAAGCCGCCGCCGGCGGACUUGAGCUUGACUACCUACCGGACGGGUUCUCGGCCCGGACGCGGGACAGGGGAGUUGUGGUCCCGGAGUGGGCUCCGCAGGUGGAGAUCCUGAAGCAUCCCGGCGUCGGAGGGUUUCUGUCGCACUGCGGCUGGAAUUCGUGUUUGGAGAGCGUGAUGAGCGGCGCGCCGAUGGUCGCGUGGCCGCUGUACGCCGAGCAGAGGAUGAACGCGGCGUUCAUGGCGGAGGAGGCCGGCGUGGCGGUGAGGGUUACGGCGGAGGGAGUGGUGGGGAGGUGGGAGAUAGAGGAGAAGGUGAGGGCGGUGAUGGAAGGGAAGACGAUGAGAGAGAAGGCUAAGCAGCUGCAGAAGAGCGCCGCCGAUGGGCUGCGCCGCGGCGGCGCAUCGGAGGCGGCGAUGCGCAGUGUGCUGGCGCGGAUAGUCGGACAAAAAAUGUAGCUGAGCCGAGCUAGGCAGGUAGCUGUGUUAUUUCUUGUACUACUUUGACAUAAAAAUAUAUGAAUAAAAAUAUAAAAAAUUUAAUAAUU